GACGAUUUACAUACAUUUUAACCAACCGAAGAGCAAUACAAACAUACUAAUCCCGCCUCUAUUAGAAAAUGACCAAUAGUGAUCCAGUAAGAAAACUUCCGCUGCAGUAGCAGGACGUGUUCAUUUGUACAAGCUAUUCUGAAAGAAUUACCGCGGCUGUUGAGGUGAAGUCUAUGAAAUACGUGAUGUCUUAAAUUGUUUAAUCAGUGAAAGACGAUCGAAGUGUUCCGAUUUCGUGUGAUAUGUGAACCGUUUAUAGCUAUAUGUACGAAUGAUAGAAAAGUAACGGUUGCGUGUUAUCAGUUUAGGAAUUUCGUUCGCUAGCAGUAGCUACUGAGCUAGCAAGCCACCUUGAGGUACUGUCUCUUUCUUGACAUUCUAGCCUGUAUUGUGGUAUGGGUUCCUAGCUUGACGACGAAACUUAGUACAGUGUCCUUUCAUUACCUUUUCGCAUUGGUUUAAUAUAAAAUCAGUUGUUACGACGAUAACGAUUGUCUGUAGAAGAAAGUGGCCUUUCAAGGACGACAGACCGUUAUCAGUGGCUUUUACAAGAAGAUCCCCAAACCAACUAUCAUGAACGGGUUCAGCACAGAAGAAGACAGUCACGAUGGACCUCCGGCUCCGCCGUUUUACGGCCAGACUUGUUGUUUGAUUGAGGACGGUGAGCGCUGCGGACGAUCAGCUGGAAACGCUUCCUUCAGCAAGCGGAUCCAGAAAAGCAUAUCGCAGAAAAAACUAAAGCUGGACAUCGACAAAAGUGUCCGACACCUCUACAUAUGCGACUUCCACAAAAACUUCAUCCAGAGUGUCCGUAACAAACGGAAGAGGAAGACGAGUGACGACGGAGGGGAGUCUCCUGAUCAUGAUGUGGAGGUGCCAGAGGUGGAUCUGUUCCAGCUUCAGGUGAACACUCUGAGACGCUACAAAAGACACUACAAGCUCCAGACCAGACCUGGCUUGAACAAGGCCCAACUGGCUGAGACGGUCAGUCGCCACUUCCGGAAUAUCCCAGUGAACGAGAAGGAGACUCUCACAUACUUCAUUUAUAUGGUGAAGAGCAGCAAAAGCCGACUGGACCAGAAAUCAGAGGGCAGCAAACAACUGGAAUAAAGGCCACCGAUAAGUCUUGGACAUGAACACGUGUGUUUGAUGAGGUGUUUCCGCCAGGCAGCCUAAUCUGAUUUCAGACUGUCAAGACUCUCCGCAGGGUGAUGUAAUUCUGUAAUGUGAAUAUGCCGAUAUGUACAAAACACGACGAGUAUGAAUAUAUCAGCAACACGAUAGAAUGCAAUGUCUGAGAACUGCCUUAAAGAUUUGUUUGUAUUUGUUUGUAUUUUGCAUGGACUGUUAACAACUUGAAGAAAGGCUUGUGUCCAACCAGAGAGUGUGCAAACUUAAUAUUUCAAUAAACUGGUCAUGGAGCAUUUUGUGAAUGAAAAGAUGGUGGAUAAGGUUUUGGGAAGCGUUGCACAUUUUCUGGUGUCCAACUAGAAUUAAGCAAUAAGGCCCGAGGGGGUGUGGUCUAUGGCCAAUAUACCACGGCUAAGGGCUGUUAUGCAUGACGCAUCGCGGAGUGACUGGACACAGCCCUUAGCCGUGGUAUAUUGGCCAUAUCACACAAACCCCAGAGGUGCCUUAUUGCUAUUAUAAACUGGUUAUCAACGUAAUUAGAGCAGUAUACCACAGCUGUCGGCCAAUCAACAUUCCGGGCUCGAACAACCCAGUUUUAUAAUACGCAUCCAGUGGUAUGACAUACAUGGGAAGACUGAAGUUGAAUGAUUCAGCAUUUGGCCCUGACCCUUUUUUACAUUGACUUGACCUGCUCUUUCCCGUCUAAUACACUGAAACACACACAUACUGCAGAGUGAAAUGGCAUUUCAGUGAACACCAAGCUCUUUUCAAGUAUUGGUGGAAAUGUUACGUCUGACUCUUUUCUUUACAUUUUCUACCUUUUUGUGAGAUGUCAGUACUUUAGUUCAUCCUUGAUUGUCAGGUCUCUGAAGUUGUCUCUGGUGGAAAGUAACUUUCAGUCUAAUUUUCAUGGUUUCAGCUUUUGAGACUAAUUUAAAGCAAUUAAUUGAACUUGUUCAUUAGGGGUUUAAAAUGCAUUAUUAUUAUUACUUCUACUAUUAUAUUGUUUCAGAAGAAUUGUUGCUGUACUAACACAAACACGUAGAACGUCUCAACUUGAGCGCAAUGAACAAUAUUUGAACCACCUAAAUAGUUUUCAGGGCAGCACACAAAGCACUGGCUGGACUUUGCCUUCGUGUUCACAAUACAUUUGUUCUAUUCUAUUGCAAUGUAUUUCUGUGGAAUCAUGUCACCCUCGGCUGUCAAAUCUAUUUCCUCUCCUGGCACAGUGUUGAAAUGAUGUGUCUCGUGGGCACACAACCACACGAUAACACUACCUACCGCUUCCAGUCGCUGGUUGAAGAUGGGAGUUGUAAUAAAUAUAUAAUAUGUUUUUGCUUUCCCUCAGUCACUAGUUGGGGUUUUCUUGUUCACUUCAACACUGCUGUGUGCUCGCUGUUUUGUUUGUCAGUGGUCUCUUCACAGAUGAUGCUAUGCCUUAGUAUUGAUUAGGUUAUCUGUCCCAGACCUUAUUUAAGUAAUAAGUUAUGUCUACUGUUUUCCAUCUUACACCAUCAAUUAGUCAUGUCUGUGUCAUUUGCUGAACUAUGGAUGGCUUUGUUUUUGCUUGUAGCUUUGUAGUGCCAGAUUUCCCUCUUCUGUUUCCCUCCUAUAUUUUAGCAUAUUGGCUGUGCUGCUUAAAACAAUUGUUGUAUUAUAUGAGACACAUUUAUUUAAAUAUGGCUGCUUAUUGCUUUUAAUAAAUGUAUUGUACAUAA